AUGAAGCUCCUUAAUAUCGUCCUCGCCCUGUCGGCCCUGGCGGUCAGCAUCGAGGCACUCCCUGUCUCUGUCCCCAAAGAUGAAGACACCCCUAUCACUGAUAUGGCUGUUUCUGGCGUCACCAGCCGCCAAGUCCCCCCUCCUUCACUGGCUCCCAAUCCCCAACCUGAGGAGGAUGUCGAGGAGUGGGAAGAGUCCGUCGAAGAGGACGCGGUCGUCGACGACGGCUCAGUAGAAGCUGAAGGCAAGAAAAAGAAGAAGAAGAAGAAGAAGAAGGGCAAGAAGAAGGGCAAGAAGCCCGUGCCGGACGCCGCCCCCGAACCCGUCCCCGCCGCCGGGGCCGCUCCCGUUCCUGGGGCCGCUGUACCCGGGACAAUCCCAGCUGCCGCUCCCGCGCCUAAGCCUGCCGCACCUGCCGUCCCUGCAGCUGCGCCAGUGCCUCCGAAGCCCGCCGCGCCCAGAUCGGUUGCAGUCGCUUUCAGUGCCUGA